AUGUCAAGGCCGACAGAGAACUUCACAGCAGAGCCACCACCUGGGAGUCGUAGUUUAAUGUGUUGGGUGCCGCCGGAGCCAAAUCUCUUCAAAUUGAAUGUGGAUGCAGCAAUUUCAAAUGAAGGAGCGAAUGGAGGAGGAGCAGUUAUUAGGAAUUCUGAAGGAGAAAUUAUGGUUGCAGCUACUUGGUUAUUUUCAACCACAUCUACAAUUGAAGCGGAAGCCACAGCUUGUCUUUUGGGCCUUAACUUAGCCUUGGAUUGCUGUUUUCUUGAUUUAGCCUUAGAAGGAGAUACCGUUGACGUUAUUAGAGCUUUAAAGGGGAAUGACACUCAUAGGAAUUAUUUUGGAACUUUAGUGUCAAAUUGUAAAGAGGCUUUAGGUAAAUUUAGAUUUGUUCAUAUUUCCCAUGUAAAAAGGGAGGGAAAUAGGGUAGCCCAUGCUUUGGCCAAAUUAGCUCUGACCCAACCAAAUGUUAUAUGGUUGGAAGAAGCUCCUGAACAUGUAACUAAUUUGGCCCAUUUAGAUAUUUUGAGUUCUUCUGUUUGA